AUGGGGCUACUGGUCAAGCUCGGCCUCCGCCGCCCCAGCAAAUGGGAACGCCAUACGCUGCUCGACUGGUUCCUGGACUCACCUCUCCAGGCUCUGGUCUAUCAUCUGUAUCUCGUCAUCCUCUGGCUAAGAGGCAACCCCGUCAGACCGCCCCGUAACAGACCACCCAUCAAGGUCGUCUGUUUGUCGGACACCCACGACUCCAUCGUACAGCGUGUCCCCGAUGGGCUUGUAUCCAGGAAGCCCCAGCACACACAGCGUGUCCCCGAUGGUGACCUGCUCAUCCACUGCGGUGACCUGACCAGCGAUGGCACCGCAGCCUCCAUCCAGAAGCAGAUCGACUGGCUCGUCUCCCUGCCGCACCAGCACAAGGUCCUCGUCUGCGGCAACCACGACAGCUGGUUCGACAUCAACGCCAGGAAGGAGGAAGAUAUUCUGGGUCAACGGUCCGUGAAUCUGAAGUCGGUGCAUUAUCUCGAGCGCAAGUCUAUCACGCUUGCGUUCAAGGGUGGCCGGAGGCUGAAUAUCUAUGGCGCCCCUGACCUUCCCCAGUGUGGAGGCUCCGACAAUGCCUUUCAAUACACGUCCCAUCAGAACCCAUGGGCUGGAUCAAUCCCCAUGGAUACCGAUAUACUUAUCACGCAUACUCCACCACAACAUCACCUUGACCUCUCCCUUGGCUGUCCCAGCCUACUGCAAGAGAUCUGGCAGAAGAAGCCGAAGGCCCACAUUUUCGGGCACGUUCACUGGGGUAGGGGCACGCAAGCCGUCUUCUGGGAUGACUGCCAGAAGUCCUACGAGAAGGUCAUGUCACGUAGGAAGCGGGGACCCAUCUGGGAUGUACUCCCAAACCGAGGCUGGAUCGACGUGUUCAAAGUGCUGUUCCAUGGAGUUAUGGGCAUCUUAUGGCAGUGGUUUUGGCUCGGUGGCGUGAGCAGCGGGAGCGUCAUGAUCAAUGCUGCUGUGCAGCAUGGUAAUUCAGGGGAGCUGACGAAGAAGACCCCGAUCACCAUUGAGAUUUGA